AUGAGCCCAGUUCGACCCGAACUGCCCCGAUUUCCAGCAGCAGCUGCGAACCCCACCACCGACGCCAUCCCGGCCGCACCCGAUCACACCGAACCACCCGACGCAACCGACGGCACGAUGUCGAGCUCCGCCCACGUCGACGACUCCCUGGCUGCCCGCAUCGAUGAGCGCAUCCACCUGGAGGUACAACGUCGUCUACGGGAAUUCUCCAUGUCCCCCACCCCAGAUCGCAAGCCGCUUCACAACAUCGAUAUUCCCCGCCACCUUUCAACCUGGCCGGCCGACGCUCUGCUCUCUGACGUUGGGACCUUCCGAAUCUGGGACCGCACGCUGCAAGACCGAGUUGGCGCGACAAUUUACACGUACAUCACCACCGGAACUCUACCCGACCGUGCCGAUGCCAUCGACCGUGAAAAUGUCGAAAUAUUUGCUGUCCGCCAAGUCUCCGACGGUGUUGCCGGUAAUGUUCGCAAGUCCCUUCUCACCGUCGCCUCGACGCACGAACGCGCCCGGGCCUAUUACGAACACCUCGACCGAGAGUACAACCCGACGUCAUCACAGUCUACACUCCGUCUGCUCCACUCAUUCUUCAACAUUCCGCGCGCCCCCAUCGAGGAGAAGGGCUUCGUCGAAUGGAUGACCGAAUUCCUCGACCAAUCGAACUGCCUCGAGUCCGCCCAAAUCACGAUUACCGACGUCAUCACGGCUCGAGCCCUCACUCUUAUCCCCGACGAACUCGACGCAUUCCGGCAGUACAUGGAAUUGCACAACACCGACCAGCUCCCAACACCGUCAAACUUAAUGGCCCUUGCGCACAAACAGGUCAAGAAUCACCACGACACUCGCAAUGCCAGCUCGACUUUGACCGCGUUUGCUGCAACACCUUCACCGUCAUCAUCUUCGUCCAAACCGAAACUACCACCGGCUCGUUACCUCUGUCCCGCCUGCAAGACCGGCUUGCACCGCGUCCGCGACUGCCCCGAUGACGAAGCGCGACAACGUUACAUUGACCGGCGCAACCAACAACAACAGCAAUUCGCGACUCGAAACACAGAUCAACCGGAGGAUGAACCCGUCGUAGCAACAGUCUCGAGGUUCCAAGAUUUCCCAGAGCCUUCCACAAGCGCCGGUCAGAAUUGGUAAAGUCCCUCGCUCCCUCCAUCCGCUCAGGUCCCCCUACACCGGUCACUACGUCGUCGAUUACACUACCUAUCCCAACCUCCCUUCGUGCUCUUCUGGAAGCGUUCGAACGAGGGGGGGUGUUGAAUUUCAUUCUACUACAAGCGUUCGAACACUUCAACCUUGGGCCGCCGUUGUCAGGUCCGCCCAUUUUCGCCUCGGCGCCUUUGCCUUCGCAGCCAAGCCGCCGCCCCAUUUUCACCUCGGCGCCUUCGCCUUCGCAGCCAAGCCGUCGCCCUCCUGCCUCGCGCCGGCCUGCUCAACUCACGCCCGCGCGCCGCCGCCUCCACGCCGGGACUCUGGCCGUCUGCCCUCCAGUCUUGCUGAGCCAAUGCCUCCACUUAGUCACCAGCAGCUUGCCGCCGCCGUCCUCAUGUUCCAUCGGCCAUCAAGAGUAUCGCCCAUGCAUGACGCCCGCCGUUCGCAACCUGAGUCUCGUCGCUAUGGACUCCCUCGCUCACCAACACUCGACAUCGUAGAUAGGUUUCCCCUCGUGGCCGUUGUCCAACACGACCCCUCUCAGCACCCGAAUGACCCACUUGGAGUUUGCCCUUGAUGCUUAGCAGCGCAUCCGCCCGAUUUGCAGUAGAUCCUUUGCGCGCCCGCUUGCUAGAACCUUGUCAGACUCGCGCUCCUUGUGCUUCCCUUCCUCUUCUCUACCGCUUCCCGACAUUAGCCAGACUGCUAAUCUUCGGUAGAGAACAGGUUAGUUGAAAUCAUAUCGACCGCUUCCCGACAUUAGCCAGACUGCUAAUCUUUGGUAGAGAACAGAUCGUCCAGCCGCACCGCCGUCUCGUCAGACCGCGUCUGUGCCGCCUUGCGACUUCUCCCAAUCGGACCGUCCGUCGCAACCGUAGCCACGUCGACGCGCCCAACAGUAGCCCCAGCGGUCGCUACACCCAGUUCCGAAAAGUUCCACGACCUACACUCUACAGGUUAUGAGCCCAGUUCGACCCGAACUGCCCCGAUUUCCAGCAGCAGCUGCGAACCCCACCACCGACGCCAUCCCGGUGUGAGGAAUCCACUCUCCGCUCGGCUCAGGACUUAGGCGCGCGGAGCGAACCGGGCGCGGACUUAGGCGCGCGGAGUGAGCCGGGCGCCCCGGCCCAGGACUUAGGCGCGCGAAGCGAGCCUGGGACUUAG